CACGUAAAUCGCACGUUGAAAUCAAUACCAGGAAGCCAAGUAUGCAUGAGACCACCUCUCCAAAUCCUUCUAUAUAAACUCCUUGGCCCCAUGAAAGUUUCAGCAGGUCAAAAAAGUUUAGUGCUCCUGCAAAAGCAACCUUCUCGAUCAUAAAAAGCCAUGGCAAAGCUGAGCCUUCCAUUGCUACUCUUCUCCCUCAUUUGCGUUUCGACCUUAGUGGCGCCGGCGCUCGCGAGGCCUUCACCCUCCCAAGCCUACAUAGAGAGGUCGUGCCACGGGACCCUGUACCCCAAGCUGUGCAUCCAGUGCCUCUCCGGCUACGCCAACGACUCCAUCGAGAGCCCGCAACAGGUCGCCCAAGCCGCCCUCACCGUGAGCCUCUACAAGGCCUUGUACACGAGGGCCUACAUGGUCAAAGUGGCCAAGGACCUCGAGGAGAUGAAGGCCCAAGACUACCAGCCUGUCAAGGACUGCCUGGACCAGAUUGACAAUGGCAUCGACCAGCUCACGCAGUCAAUCAGGGAGCUGCGGCGGCUCGGCCAAGAGAACGUGGGCGACAACUUCUACUGGCACAUCAGCAACGUGGAGUCCUGGGUGAGCGCCGCCCUCACUGACGCCACAACCUGCCUCGAUGAGCUCCCCCCGGGGAAUCGGAUGAGUAAGACCAAGGCCGUGCUCAAGGGGAAGGUCCUGAACAUGGCCAUGACCACUAGCAAUGCCUUGGCCUUGUUCCACAGAUUCGCGGCCACAUACGGGGUUCGAGCCACCACGAAGCCGUGAGGGCUAAUUGAAAAAAGCUAGAGAAGUGUUUUGAGCAUGAAGCGUUCAUCUAUUUUUUCAAUCUUUUUUUACUCAUCAUAUGUUUGUUGGGUUGUCGCUUGUAAUCCAAAAAUUGUAUAUCAAACAGAUCGUAUGAAUUCUCAUGAAAAGCAUGUGAAUAUAUGUCAGUUUUUGUCCUCCA